CAAUCACCCGCCGAGGCAUCGUCACUACUUUCGCCCGUACCACCCACCAUAACACCAACCUUAGGCUUUUGCUAUACCUUCUGUGUACCGGCUUUCCAUUUACACGUACCAGCGAUCCCGUAUCUGCGAACUCAAGCAUCAUGUCCACUGCCGCCCGCCGUCGCCUCAUGCGCGAUUUCAAGCGUAUGCAGACUGACCCUCCAGCUGGUGUAUCUGCCUCCCCCAUAGCCGACAACGUCAUGACCUGGAAUGCAGUCAUCAUAGGUCCAGCCGACACACCGUUUGAAGACGGUACCUUUCGCCUUGUCAUGCACUUUGAAGAAGCCUACCCGAACAAGCCUCCUGGCGUAAAGUUUAUCAGUCAAAUGUUCCACCCAAACGUAUACGGCACAGGCGAGCUGUGCUUGGAUAUCCUUCAGAACAGAUGGUCGCCGACGUACGAUGUUGCGGCGAUUCUGACAAGUAUCCAAAGUUUGCUAAACGAUCCCAAUACCUCGUCGCCGGCGAACGUCGAAGCGUCCAACUUGUACAAGGAGAAUCGAAAAGAGUACACGAAACGGGUCCGGGAAACGGUCGAGAAGAGCUGGGAGGACUGAUCUCACCGUACCGCUCGGUGGACGAACGAGAUGAUGGUAUGAUAUGAUAUGGCAUGGGCGUGGAGUUACUCUGGUUGAGCCAAGACAUUGUAUUGUAUUUGGAGUUAGCAGGCGUCUGCAUAUGGGCUAUUACAGCAAGGCGUUUUGGACUACUACAGAUCUACUUUGUAGCAGUCUUGACAAUCGAUGAAUUCGAACAAUUCUCUUUCGUCGAUCCUUUGGCACCAUAUUGCACCAUGCUGAAGGUGCACGUAAUGGACAGCUGUACAUGAAGGCGAAGAGAGACC